AUGGCGGACCGGCCGCCGCCGCCCGUCAUCUUCUGCCACGACUCCCCGAAGCGGGUGCUGGUGUCGGUCAUCAGGAGCGCCCCGCUGAAGCCCGCGUGCGGCGGCGGGGAGCCGGAGCCGCCGCCGCCGCUCGUCCCCACCAGCCCCGGCUUCAGCGACUUCAUGGUGUACCCGUGGCGCUGGGGCGAGAACGCGCACAACGUGACGCUCAGCCCCGGGGUCGGGGGCGCCGCCGCCGCCGCCGCCGCCCUGCCGGCCGCCCGCUCCGAGCCCGCGGGGCUGCGCGGCCACGCCACUGCCCCGCCCGCCGCGGCGGCGGCCGGGGAGGACGAGGAGGAGGCGAGCAGCCCGGACAGCGGGCACAAGGAUGGAAUCCGACGUGGCAGACCCAGAGCAGACACUGUUCGGGACUUAAUAAGUGAAGGAGAGCAUUCUUCUAGCAGAAUUCGUUGUAACAUCUGUAACAGGGUGUUUCCACGGGAAAAGUCACUCCAGGCUCACAAAAGGACUCACACAGGUGAGAGACCUUAUCUGUGUGAUUAUCCAGACUGCGGGAAAGCCUUUGUUCAAAGUGGACAGCUCAAAACACAUCAGCGUCUUCACACUGGAGAGAAGCCUUUUGUUUGUUCAGAAAAUGGCUGUUUGAGCAGAUUUACCCACGCAAACCGCCACUGUCCAAAGCACCCGUACGCCAGGUUGAAGCGGGAGGAACCCACCGAUGUGCUCUGUAAGCAUCAGGCAACGGAUAAUCAGGCUGUUGCUGAGUGGCUGGCAAAGUACUGGGAGACCAGGGAGCAGAGGACUCCCACCUUGAAAGGGAAGCUGGUUCCCAAGGCGGAUCAGGAACAGCAGGACCCUCUGGAGUACCUGCAGUCUGACGAGGAGGAUGAUGAGAAGAAUGGGGCCCAGCGCCGCCUGCAGGAGCAGCGGGAGCGUCUCCACGGAGCCCUGGCUCUCAUUGAGCUGGCCAACCUGACCGGGGCACCGCUGCGCCAGUAGCCUGCAUACAGACUCCUCACUGUACAAAGUACUGCCCAGUGUCUUACGUAGUAGAUCUUUGGGCAUAAGCUAAGCACCUUAUUUGCUUAUCAUAGGCUGCUAUUCUGUAGAAACUUAUGAAGAAUGUCAUUGCCCCAGAUGAUGGGGUGAGAGAGAAUUGCACUUUUUUAUAUGGUAAUGGAUUUGUUGUAAAGUUUAAAUAUUUUGUAAAUAUGGGACUGCUAGUACAGGGUAGUACUACAUAUUGUGGGAAGCUAGAUUUUGCAAGUUUAAUGCAUUCAUUGAAAGCAGUUCUCACAGGAAGCACUUUGUGAAUAAGACACAUGUAUGAAAGACAGAAUGGUACUGUUAGCCAAAGAAGGUUAAAAUAGAUUAUUUAUGAGAUCAUCUUAACAAUGUAUAUUAGUAUGUUUAGCAAUACUGUAAACACUGAAGCAGCAAGAAAGUAUAAGAUUGUGUGUAAGAUAUAUUUUAAAAUGCAAGAUAGUGUGCCUAAUACAAGUAGAGAAACGGAACUAUUUUGGAAGAUGUUGUAAGUUAAGGAUUUUUGAAAGAAGGAGAUAUUUGAGUAUCUUGGUAAAAUUUAGACUUUUCAAAAUUGGAAUAAAAUCAGUCUUAUUCUUAUCUUUCUGAGGCUUUACAACUCACUAUAAAGUUUAGAUUUGAUAAGCACUUGUUAUCCCUGAUGUGUUAAUUUGGGAACUUUUGCACAUUGCCUAUUUCUCAUUUGCUGAAAUUGAGUGAUUAAUCUUGCAAAGUCUAGGUAACUUGGUAAUUGGUUUUUUUAAAAAUAUUAUGGACCCUGUAAUGAAAUUUGGCACUUGGAAUUUUAUUGAUAAAAGGGACACCUACAGGGUUGUUUUGUAGUGAACCAUUUUAGACUUUCUGUUAGCAAACACUAAAUUUUAUUGCUUACUUAAAAGUAUUAGCAAAUGAAAGACUCUUAUUGUCAGUGCAUGAAGCACUCCUUGCUUUACUUCAGAAUAACAUGCUAAGCUAUUUGUGGUCACUAAAUUUAGCUAUCAAUUAAACACUGCAGAAAAUGUUAGCUAGUCAAAUAAGUAGGCUUCUGGAAUAGUUUUAACUGCAAGUGUAUUAACUUGUGUGGUGGUUUUAAACCAUUUUUCCCAAAUAGAUGAAGUUUUAAAAACCCCACAUUAUAUAUGAAACAUAAACAGAAAAAUCAAGAGCUAAGCGGUUCACUUCAUUUAUGUAGGCGUAAACCUUUAUCAUUUUGACUUUUAUUUUAAGCAGAAACAAAAACAUGCAUAGCAUGGUAAUUUUUUAUAUUAAUUGGAGUAAACCUCAGAAUAAUAGAGGGAAAUAUGAGCUCCUUUUCGUUUUUAACAUCAGUAGUAUUCUACGGAUGUAGUUUAAACAUUCUCUGAAAUGUAGGCUUCUUUAUCCUUAAGUCCCAAACAUGGCUGUACCCAAUUUAAAAUAUGCAGCUAUGUGAAAUGGGACACAUGUAAAUUUCUUGGAAAGGAGCAAAAAUGUGAAAGAUGAUGGUAAGAAAUAAUGUGUAUGAUGAGGACAUACUUUAAAAAUGUAAUUCCUCUGUACAGUAAAUUAAAAAUCUUGAGGGAUUUUUUUUUAAUAAGAGAAUUUAUAUUUUGUAAUAGUCUAAGAAUUUUGUUUGUAAUCUGGUAUGUAGAAUUUUAACUUGGAGCACUUAUAAGCACAGUAAGAGACCAUAGCAUAUGAAUUUAUUUGGGGUUUUGGUUCAGUGAUUUAUCUAGAAUUUUUCUUCUCAAGUGUGACUUAAAUGAAUUAAAAAAGCAGUGCUCAUCAGUUUUGGGAAAUUUAAAAUGGUCUCAACUUACCUUAAAAGGAAGAAUGAAAAGAAAAAGAAUUCUUGCCAAUUUACAAUUAACUUAAGAUCUUCAAAAGCUGUUUCUCUGGUCAGUUUUGGUCAACUAUAAUAGUAAUAUUUACAGACAGUUUUUAUUUGUAUAAUUGGAAAUGUAAGAAAUUACUACAACUAUUUACUGUAGAAAUAUUAUAAAUGUUCUUUUGAUAUAAGCUAUAUCCUUUGACAAAAUACAUUGGCAUCUAAAAUUCGAGGUGUGUUAAGACUGCUUUUUGUUUUAAAAAUAUGGUUUACAUUUAGAUUGUUGAAGUGUUUUAUGCUUCAUAUGGUUGUUGUAGUUUGACAGUUAACAGCGUAAGAAUAAACAUGCUGUAAUUUUAAAAGAUGCUUUUAAUAAAAAUUUAUUUUAAUUUAGAA